AUGCCUGACUCGGUUAUUGGGCCCGAGCUACGUAUCGACGGGCGUCUACCGAAGAAGCAGAAGCAGAAGCCAUCGAUUCGAUAUCGAUCAGAGGAAACCAUGGAUGGCUACGGCCAGGGCCAAGAUGACGCUCUACUCGAUGAUUUUCUUAACCAUAACAACACCAUCAACACCAACAUCAUGUCUUCACAACAGACCGAGUUCUUCAGGGACAACCUCCCCUCCCCCGGCGAGGUCACCACUCCCGACUCUAUCCCCAGCUCUCCUGAGCUUGGUAGCUCUAGCUCUAGCGACAGCAUUGCUAGCCUUGGAUCUCCCGCUUCUCCCCUCUCCCCUCCCGUCACCCAGCCUGUUGCCGACUCAUUUGUCUUUGCUUUCGACAUUGACGGCGUCCUUGUUCGUGGCGGAAAAGCCAUCCCCGAGGCCCUCCAGGCCAUGAAGGUCCUCAAUGGCGAAAACGAAUAUGGCAUUCAAGUGCCUCACAUUUUCCUUACCAACGGUGGUGGUAAGACCGAAGAGGAGCGAUGUGGUGAUCUCUCCGGCCAGCUUAACUGCGACAUCAAGCCUGGCCAGUUCAUCUGUGGCCACACUCCCAUGAGGGAGAUGGCUGAGAAGUACGGCACCGUCCUUGUUGUCGGUGGUGAAGGCGAGAAGUGCCGACACGUCGCUGAGGGCUAUGGCUUCAAGGACGUCGUGACCCCUGGCGAUAUUAUCAAGCACAACGCUGCUACCACUCCUUUCCGCAAGCUCACUCCUGAGGAGCAUGCCAACUCUCGCGAAAGAGACUUUACAGAUGUUGUCAUCGACGCUGUGUUUGUCUUCGCCGAUUCUCGCGACUGGGCUGGCGAUAUCCAAAUUAUGCUCGAUGUUGCUAUGUCCAAGGGUGGCCGUCUCGGCACCCGCAGCGAGACCAACGAUGAGGGCCCCCCAUUCUAUUUCUCUCACAACGAUGUUGUUUGGUCUGCUGCUCACGAGCACGUCCGUCUCGGUAUGGGUGCCCUCCGCCGCAUGUUCGAGGUUACCUUCAAGGACCUCACUGGAGGCAACGGUGUCCUUCAUACCCACGCCUUCGGCAAGCCUCAGGUUUCUACCUUUGAGUUUGCUUCUCGCUUGAUGGGACAGUGGCGACAGACUGAGCAUGGCCUUGUUGCUCCCCCAGACACUGUAUACUUCGUCGGUGACACUCCUGAGAGUGACAUUCAGGGUACCAACGCUGUCAAUAAGGUUGCCGACAACGAUUGGUACAGCAUCCUUGUCAAAACUGGUGUUUACCAAGACGGAACCGAGCCCGCCUUCAAGCCCCGCGUCACUGUUGAGAACGUACUUGAUGCUGUCAACCACGGUAUCAAGCGCGAGAUGGACAAGAAAGCAGCCAAGGGUCAACUCACCAAGCCUGCUCUUAUUCCUGACUCCGUUAUUACUGAUAUCGCAGUCGAUAUGGACGGCAUCACUAUCUAA